GAAUACUGAAUCUCCUAUUUUCAAAAUAAUAAUAGUAACAAAAAUAUAAUAAAAUUUGCUAACAGCUGUCGUCAUCGUCUUUUCAUGCUGAGUUGAGUGUCUCCGUAUUCCCAAACAUGGAGAAGCCUCUGUUGAGUACUGGAGAGUGCAGUAGCGGCGGCCGGAGAGAUCGCGUGUAUUGCCGCUCCGAUGCUAUUACGUGCGGCUCUCCUUACCAGAAGGCAGCUGCUCUCGUCGAUCUGGCUGAAGAUGGUGUAGGCCUGCCUGAGCAGAUUCUUGAUAAAUCAAGCUUUGCAAGUGCUGCGAAGUACUAUUUCAUCUUUAUCCGUUUCGAUCUCAUUUGGUCCCUCAAUUACUUUGCACUGAUAGUUCUAAAUUUCUUUGAGAAGCCAUUGUGGUGCGUAACAGAUGAUGUAUAUUCUUGCGCUGAUAGGGCCUACUAUUUCCUUGGGCAGUUGCCAUACUUAACAGCUACAGAGUCUCUUAUUUGCGAGGGUAUAACUCUCAUAGUAUUUGUAAUCCAUACUCUUUUUCCGAUUUCAUAUGAAGGAUCUCAUAUCUACUGGAAAAAUCCUCUUACUAUUAUGAAGGUUGCGUGCAUCUUAAUUUUGGUUGCUGAUUUUCUAGUAUAUGCUGUCUUCUUGUCUUCAGCGGGUUUGUACUCUCUUCCAGUCAGGAUUGCGCCAUACAUCAGAGUUGUUGUUUUUAUCCUAAGCAUUAGAGAAUUACGGAGCUGCAUGCUCAUCUUGACUGGAAUGCUAGGGACGUACUUGAAUGUUCUGGCUCUAUGGUUGUUAUUUCUUCUGUUCGCUAGUUGGGUUGCCUAUGUCAUGUUUGAAGAUACCCAACAGGGAAAGAUGAUAUUCACUUCAUAUGGUACCACGUUGUAUCAGAUGUUUGUUUUGUUCACGACAUCAAACAACCCAGAUGUCUGGAUACCUGCCUACAAGGCUUCUCGUUGGUACUGCCUGUUUUUUGUUCUCUAUGUCCUGGUGGGAGUUUACUUUGUUACGAACCUGAUUCUUGCUGUUGUAUAUGACAGCUUCAAAAGUCAGCUUGCAAAGCAAGUUUCUGAGAUGGAUCAAAUGAGGAGAAGCAUUUUGGGUAAAGCCUUUAGUCUCAUAGAUGAUCAGAGUGUUGGGUACAUCAACAAGGGUCAAUGCAUUUGUCUUUUUGAAGAACUCAAUAAAUACAGAACUCUGCCAAAGAUAUCAAGGGAGGAAUUCGAGUUGAUAUUUGAUGAACUGGAUGACAGUCAUGACUUUAGGAUCAACUUGGAUGAAUUUAAUGACCUCUGCAAUGCCAUUGCUCUACGAUUCCAAAAGGAAGAUUCUCCAUCUAUCUUUGAAAGAUUUCCAUCACUCUAUCGUUCACCACACUCUGAAAAAUUGAAAUCCUUUGUUCGGAGCCCCAAAUUUGGUUACUUGAUAUCCUUCAUCCUCAUAGUGAAUCUGGUUGCGGUCAUUAUUGAGACAACGCUUGAUAUUGAGAAUAAUUCUGCUCAGAAAGUGUGGCAAGAGGUUGAGUUUGUCUUUGGGUGGAUAUAUGUGCUGGAAAUGGCUCUGAAAGUCUAUUCAUUUGGAUUUGAGAAUUAUUGGAGGGAUGGACAGAAUUGCUUUGAUUUUUUUAUCACAUGGAUAAUAGUUAUUGGAGAAACUAUAACUUUUGCAUCUCCUCAUGGACUGGGUUUGCUGUUGAAUGGAGAAUGGAUUCGCUACCUUCUUCUUGCAAGAAUGCUACGAUUGAUUAGACUCCUGAUGCAUGUCAAACGCUAUCGAGCUUUUGUUGCCACACUCUUAACCCUAAUACCUAGUUUAAUGCCUUAUCUGGGAAUCAUAUUUUGUGUCCUAUGCUUCUAUUGCUCGCUUGGUGUACAGAUCUUUGGCGGAAUUGUCAAUGCUGGAAACCCCAAAUUGGACAGAACAGAUCUUGCUGAUAAUGACUAUUUUCUAUUCAAUUUUAAUGACUAUCCAAAUGGAAUGGUGACACUUUUCAAUUUGUUAGUUAUGGGAAAUUGGCAAGUAUGGAUGCAGAGUUACAAAGAAUUGACAGGAACUUCAUGGACCCUCGCAUAUUUUGUCAGCUAUUACCUGGUUACUGUUUUAUUGCUCUUAAAUUUGGUUGUAGCUUUUGUCUUGGAGGCAUUCUUUGCAGAAAUGGAACUUGAGACAUCAGAAAAUUGUGAGGAAGCUGACAAGGAUGCUGGAACACGAAAGGACAGACACAGAUAUGUUGGCACAAAGACCCGUAGUCAAAGAGUUGAUCUUCUUCUGCAUCAUAUAUUGAGCUCGGAGCUGGAUAAAAAUCAGUGCUCCAAUUCUUAGCUCUAUUUUAUUUCUUCUGGAUGCUCAAUGAUGAACAAAGGAAAGGAAUGGAACUGACACUACGGUCAUGACGAAUACUAAGGGGCAGCUUGAACUGAUUCUGCUUAGUGCUGAUCACAUUAUAUUCCUUUUUGGAUUGUAUUGUGUAGGAUUCGGUAUGUGAUUCUCUUUUCCUUUUUCCAUCUUCAGUUCAGCUUGUAGCAAGUUUGUUCAGCUAGAAGGAACUUAUCAAUAGUGGGUGGGCUGGUGCUUCUGCAUUUUUGUUCAUUCAUAGUGGUUAUAGUAUUGGCCAUUAUCUAUUUAUUAUGUGACACACAAGAGGCUUUCAAAUGCAUCACAUGACAUCUACGCAAAUUUUAGAUUGCUUAAUUCCAUAGAUUACACACACAAACCCAUCUACGGUUCAAGAUGUC